AUGUUUUCUGCCAGAGAUUAACUCAGGUUUUCAAGAAAAACCAUACAAACCUGCUCAAUAGCUUCAUCAAAACCUAUAAGAUAUGCAACCUAGUAUUGUGGGGAUGAUGAAUAUUCUACUUCGAAUUUCAAUUCUGAUUAUGAAUUGUUGAGAACGAAGGAAAAGUAUAAAUAAAAGUGCGAGGAAAUAGAUAUGAAGAAAAACCAAUUACAUUCUGAUAACCUAGAUUUGGAAUUAAGAGCUGAGAAACUAAGGUAGGGAGAGAAUGAAGUAAGGUAUAUGGCUGAAAUUCUUAAAAGCAAGAUCAAAUAAAUUUAACAACAAGAAUAACAAAUUAAGGAAAAUCAAACUGCCUUUCUUGAAAAGUUCAAAGACAAGGAAUUGUGCUUAAUUGAAUAACAAAAAUUAAUCUAAGAAAAACAAGAUCAAUUAAAUAUUAGAGAAUAAUAACUAUCAAUUCGUGAACAAUCCCUAAAAGAAAAGGAAUCUCUCCUAUCAGAGUAGAUUCAUUACUAUACUCAAUUUAAUGAACGUCUGAAAAUCAAUUUAGAAGAACUCAAUAAAAAGGAAUAAUUUUACAUUUAACAAAUUAGUAAUAUGAAUCAAACCGUCGAAAGUUUAAUGGACCAUGAAAAUCAUAUCAGAGAUCUAGAAUUUAAACUAACUCAAUAAAUCUAAUAAUUAAAAGAUUUUGAUAACUAAAUUAGAAUUUAGGUGUUAAAUUGCAAAUAAUAAGAAGAACUAAUUGAUUAAAAAGAAUAAGGAAUUUUUAAAAGUUAAGAAUUGAUUAAUCGCAAAUUACUUUGGGAUUAAAAAAAUAUCACUAGGCAACAUCUACAAUAAAUUUCAAAUUACAUGAGUGACUAAAAUUACUUUUGA